AUGUUAUUCCAAGCUGAAGCUUCAGGAUGGUUAACAGGGGUCCCGUCCUCCCCGAGGGGACCUCGUCUAAACCAUCUCUUUUUUGCGGAUGACAGUUUAUUGUUUUGCAGGGCUACUUCUAGGGAUUGGCAGAGAUUGUCCUUAUUGUUAGAGCGUUAUGAAAAGGCAUCGGGACAACAGUUGAAUAAAGAAAAAACUUAUAUUUUCUUUAGUCGCAAUUCAAGUCAAGUGGCUAGGGAUUGUAUCUUGCAGCUGUCGGGAGUUCCUAGUACGCAGAGGUUUGACAAAUACUUGGGUUUACCAGCUCUCGUGGGCAAAUCCAGGGUUGGUGAAUUUAAGUGUAUUAAGGAUAGGAUCUGGAAGAGAUUGCAGGAUUGGAAGACAAAAUUCCUUUCACAAGUUGGGAAGGAAAUUAUGUUGAAGGCGGUGAUACAGGCUAUUCCAACAUACAGUAUGAGUAUUUUCCUGUUUCCAGUGGGGCUUAGUUCAGAAAUUAAUUCACUGAUGCAGAAUUUCUGGUGGGGGCAUAAGGAUAACUCUUCGAAGAUCCAUUGGAUGAGUUGGAAGAAGUUGGGGUUUUCUAAUAAUAAUUUUUUGGAGGCUAAUCUUGGGCGACGACCUUCUUUUGCUUGGCGAAGUAUUAUCUCCUCUCAGGCUCUUCUUAAAGAGGGGUUGUGCUGGCGCCUUGGGGAUGGGAGAUCGGUGCAGAUUUGGGGGGAUAAGUGGCUUACUUCUCCAUCGACUUUCGCGGUCCAAUCUCCUUUGAGUAUCCUUCCUGGAGAUGCCACGGGAAGUGCACUUAUUGAUCCGGUUUCGAAGAGGUGGAACGUGGCCCUUGUAAAUUCUAUUUUUUGGAAGGAGGAGGCGGAAUGUAUUAUUGCCAUUCCUCUCAACAAAUAUGGACAGCAGCAUUUGAGAAUUUGGAGGGGUACUAGUUCAAGUGAUUUUUCGGUCCGUAGUGCUUAUUACAUGGCGAAAGAGAUGCAUGAGAUUCAGCGGGGUGAGAGUUCCAAUUAUUCAGAAGUUAACAAGUUGUGGAAAAUUAUUUGGGGUUUGCAAGUCCCUAAUCUGGUGAAGAUGUUCCUUUGGCGCUCUUGUCAUAAUAUUCUCCCUACAAAAGCUAAUUUGCUAAAGAAAGUUCGUUGGAGGCCGCCUCUCCCAGGUUGUCUAAAAAUAAAUUGGGAUGUUGCUAGGGAUUCUUUAUCGCGUUCGGUGGGGAUCGGUUUUAUAGUUCGGGACUCAAAUGGAUUGCCUUAUGCGGCGGGGAGUUUCUCUUUGAAGACUCUUUUGGAUCCUAUCGUCGCAGAAGCUCUUGCUGCCUUACGAGCUUUGGAAUUCUGUAGAAGCAGAGGUUAUUCGAAUAUCAUGUUGGAAGGUGACUCUUUGGAGGUGGUUAAUUCAAUUAAUGAUUCGGGUUUGAAUUGGUCCCGGAUUGGGCCAAUUGUGUCUGAUAUAAAAGAAGUUCUGAGGUCGUUUCAGGUUUGGCAGAUUGGACAUACUAAAAGAGGAGGCAAUGUUGUUGCUCAUAAGCUUGCUAAAAUUGGGCCUCACCACCACCACUACUUCAACUCACGAAUAGGCGUGGACUCUAACCCCCUCCUCUCCGAUGCCCAAGACGACGACGUUUCCACUUCCGAAGACAAAAUCGAUGAGCUCAACAUCAUCAAAGUAGAUCCACAACAACAAAACGAAUCAAAGAAAAGAGAUGCAGAAGGCGACCGUUCGGAUUGGACUCAGGUUUCGGGCAACUUCUUCAACCAUCUCAGCGAGGCCAUCAGGAGGGCGUUCCGGUUCAACCAGCGCUCGAUCGACGACGACGACGAGUGGGUCGACGAUCGCUUAGGGAAUCAGGGACCAAGGGUCUGGGGAUCGGAGCUUCGGAGGAGGCAUGAUUAUGAAACCAGUGAAAGUUGA